AUGGAAGCCACAAACCAAACAGGUAUUCCAAAAUUCCUUCUCCUGGGACUGACAGAUGACCCAGAACUCCAGCCUCUCAUCUUCAGCCUCUUCCUGUCCAUGUACCUGGUCACCGUGCUGGGAAACCUGCUCAUCAUCCUGGCCGUCAGCUCCGACUCCCACCUCCACACCCCCAUGUACUUCUUCCUCUCCAUCCUCUCCUUCACAGACAUCUGCAUCAGCACCACCACCAUCCCCAAGAUGCUGGUGGACAUCCAAGCCCAGGACCACAGCAUCACCUAUACUGGGUGUCUCUCUCAGCUCUCCUUUGUCUUGAUUUUUGGUGGACUCGAGAACUGUCUGCUUGCUGUAAUGGCCUAUGACCGCUAUGUGGCCAUCUGUCACCCCCUGAGGUACAUCAUCAUCAUGAACACUCACUUCUGUGUCCUCCUGGUUCUGCUCUGCCUGGGUGUCACCACAGGCAACGCCUUGCUCCAUAGUCUGAUGCUGCUCCAGCUGUCCUUCUGCACAGAUCUGGAAAUACCUCAUUUCUUCUGUGAACUUGUUCAGGUCAUCGACCUCUCCUGUUCUGACACUACCAUCAAUAUCCUGCUGGUCUACUCAGGGACCAGCCUGUUCGCUGGUGUCCCUCUGUUGGGGAUUAUCUUCUCCUACAGUCACAUCGUCACCUCUGUAUUGAAGAUCCCAACUGGAAGGGGAAGGCUCAGAGCUUUCUCCACCUGUGGCUCUCACCUUUCUGUGGUGUCUUUAUUCUAUGGGACAGGCAUUGGGGUGUACAUGAGUUCAGAAGUCACUGUGUCUCCCACCAAAAAUGCUGUGGCAUCAAUUAUGUAUAUCGUGGUCCCACAAAUGCUGAACCCCUUUGUGUACAGUUUGAGGAACAGGGAAAUGAAAGGAGCCCUGAGACAUCUCAUCACUGGGGUGCCCUCUUUGCUGUGA